CGUUGACGACAAGUCCCGUUACACUGAACACUCAAUUUAAUCUGGAAUUGGCACACAAGCUGUUUCAUCCCUAUCUGGCCUCCUGGGCGCUCCUUACUCUUAAUAUCUCGAUUGUGGGGGAAAAUGUUGCCGCUGCCUUCUGGAAAGCGAAAGGCCGGUCCGGUCAAAUCGGAUGCAAAUAGCCACAUGGGAGAAUCCCGCGCGUCUAAGAUGCGUCGAUUCCUUGCAGGAGAUCCGACAGCCAUCCCUCCGCGAGACAAAACUCCCGAGCCAGCCAUCCGUCCUGAGCCAGCCAUCCGUCCUGAGCCAUCCGCCAGUCCCGAGCCAGCUACUACUGCUGUGCCAGCCGUCACCAUUGGCCAGAGAUUUGGUCAAAACGUCCACUACCUCCCUGUUGAGAGUGCCAACAACUUCCCGCUGUCUCAGGUCGCCGGUGCGGACGAGGACGAUGCUCACGCCGAAGACCUUGUCCAGGGAAGUCAAGGUGUCGAUGAAUCGUCAGUUUCUAGUGCGAUGCUUUAUGGAAAAAUUGAGGGGAAGAUCGUGGGAGUCCGCUACUACAGAGGGAAUGCCAAUCCUGGCGAGUAUGUUGUUCUGAGAAGAGAGCCCACGAAUCAAUACGAUCGCAAUGCGAUCCGUGUCGAUAACGUUAUGGGCGCCCAAGUUGGGCAUAUUCCGCGAAACUUGGCUUCGAAGUUGGCACCCUACAUGGACUCCCGGGAUUUGUCCGUGGAGGGUGUUUUAACAGGCGUAAUUGGACCAUUCGACUGCCCAGUACAGCUGAGACUUUUUGGCACGAGUGAUCCCGCUUUGAAAGAAAACUUGAAGACGCGAAUGCAAAAGGAUAAGCUACCAGUGAAAGAGUUCAAUGAGGCCGAGCGUCAGCAAAGGCGGCAGGAGAAAGAGCGCGAGCAAGAACGCAAGGCAGCCGCGAAGAACGCCCGUGCUAUGGCUCUCGGAAAGGCUACCCAGCGAUGGCAGCAGAAUGAGGAUUCAACGUAUGCAAACCUGUCCUCAGCGACUGGACUGGGCGAAAACGAGAGCUUGGAGGAGCUUCUUCAACAAAGCAGCUAUUUCAAUCCCCGAGAAAUUGGUAAAGUUGUCGAAAGCUUUGGGCAGAAGGAAGCCGAUUUGGAAAAGAUGCCCAUGGCCCCCUCACCGGCAGGUCUAUCUACGGAGCUUCUACCAUACCAGCGACAAGGUCUGGCAUGGAUGAUCAAUCGAGAGUCGCCUUCCCUCCCACCCCUGGGCUCCGAUGCUAUCGUUCAACUAUGGAAGCGCGAUGGGGCCAAAUUCACCAACAUCGCAACCAAUUAUUCCAUGGAUACCGAGCCACCGCUUGCAAGUGGUGGCAUUCUUGCCGAUGACAUGGGUCUUGGCAAGACAAUCCAAAUCAUAUCUUUGAUCAUGGCCAAUCCCACCCCUCGGACUCCGGCUUCUAGCAAGACGACCCUCAUUCUUGCCCCGGUUGGUGUUAUGAGCAACUGGAGGAAUCAAAUUCAGGAUCACACCCACAGCGAAACUGCCCCGCGAGUCUUGAUCUAUCAUGGUUCUGGCAAAAAAGAAAAGGCCAACCUAGCCCAAUACGAUGUGGUGAUCUCGAGUUACGGGGCUCUUGCUAUGGAGUUUGAGCCAAAUGCGAUGAGGCCGCCUGCGAAGGGAAUUUUCUCUGUUCACUGGCGCCGUGUGGUUCUGGACGAGGGUCAUACCAUUCGUAACCCUCGCUCUAAGGGCUCUCUUGCGGCCUGUGCCUUGCGAGCUGAUUCUCGCUGGACCUUGACCGGAACGCCCAUUAUCAAUACCCUCAAGGACCUCUAUUCCCAGGUCCGCUUCCUGCAGAUGUCCGGUGGUCUGGAGGACAUGAGCGUGUUCAACAGCGUCCUGAUUCGCCCGCUUACAAAUGGUGACCCCGAGGCUCGUCUGCUGCUCGAGGCCCUUAUGGGAACUAUUUGCCUCCGACGAAGAAAGGAUAUGAGUUUCAUCAACUUGCGACUACCCGAAAUGACUUCACGAGUCCUUCGGGUCAAAUUCCAUCCCCAUGAGCUGGAGAAGUACAGCGCAUUCCAAAACGAGGCGAAAGGUGCUCUUAUCCAGCUCAAGGACAAAGAAGGCAGCUAUUCUACUCUGUUGGAGGUCAUUCUACGCCUGCGCCAGGUUUGCAACCACUGGGCUCUUUGCAAGAACCGAAUCGAUAAGCUUAUGGGAGAACUCGAGAAACACAAAGUUGUGCCUCUCACCCCCGAGAAUAUGAAAGCUCUGCAGGACAUGCUGCAGAUUCAGAUCGAGAGCCAGGAGGUCUGCGCCAUCUGUCUUGAUAACUUUGAGCUCCCAGUAAUCACCGCGUGCGCUCAUGCCUUCUGCCGUGGCUGUAUUGAGCAAGUCAUUGAGCGGCAACACAAGUGCCCUCUCUGCCGUGCGGAAAUCAAGGACUAUUCCAGUCUCGUAUCUCCCACCGUUGAGAUGGGCGAAGAUGCUGAGACAGCUACUGCCGACCCAAAUAACCCGAGCAGCAAGAUCGAGGCGCUCAUGAAGGUUCUCACGGCACAGGGUCAAGCACCUGGCACCAAGACCGUAUUGUUCAGCCAGUGGACCUCAUUCCUUGAUCUCAUCGAGCCCCAUUUGGAGCAGCGUGGCAUCAAGUUCGUGCGCAUCGACGGCAAGAUGCAGUCUGUGAAGCGCGAUAAUUCCAUCAAUGCUUUCACGAACGAGCCUGAUUGCACAGUUCUGCUGGCCAGUCUUAGCGUUUGCAGUGUCGGUCUCAACCUCGUGGCAGCUAAUCAGGUCAUUUUGGCUGAUAGCUGGUGGGCACCUGCUAUUGAAGACCAGGCCGUUGAUCGUGUCUACCGACUUGGCCAGAAACGCGAGACUACGGUGUGGCGCCUGGUUAUGGAGAAUAGUAUUGAAGAGCGAGUGCUGGAUGUCCAAGAGCGGAAGCGCAAGCUCAUGCUGGCAGCAUUCCGCGAGACGGCUAAAAAGAAGGCCGAGAGCACUGCUACCCGCAUCGCCGACUUUGAGACCCUUCUUGGCUAGAUUUAAUCGGUAUUCGCUGAGUCGCCUGUGAUCCACGGGUCUUUUUACAACUUUUCAUUCUUGUAGAUUUACUAAAUUUCGGGUUGUACCAUAUCUUUAACUUUUUUUUUUGAGUAGAC